UCAAAGUGGUUCUUGUUGCAAAGAUAAAAUUGCUAUUAACGUAAGUGUAUUAACACGAUGAUGGUGAGUAGACAUCAACGCAACGACUUAGCAAUGUUUUUGCAACAGGCAGAUUAUGAGUGGGCAGUAAAAUUAAAUCGAUAUAGCUUAAACCUCGUCGGACUCUGGCCUACGUCUCGGCAAACUCAGCGAGAUAACUUAAUAUGCAAUUUACGUACACUUUUUACUUUCCUUUUAAUAAUGAUAGUCAUAAUGAUUCCCGCUAUACAUUCGAUAAUACGAGUACGUUCGCACUUUUUCAUAGUGAUAGAUAACAUGCAGUUUACUUUACCCGUAACUAGUACCGUGUUAAAACUCGUUAUCUUUUGGAGGAAGAAACCAGAUGUCAAAGUACUAAUAGAUAUGAUCGCAUACGAUUGGAUGAAGACGAAAACAUGUCACGAGAGAAUGAUAAUGAUCUCGAGAGCGCAAACUGCGCGGAUAAUUCAUAUAUGUGGCUACAGCAUUUUGAUGAUGGCUCUAUUUGCCACGGGUGUUUUGCCUAUUUUCGGUUACUCAAUGAGAUACAUAACAAAUAUUACCGAUCCAGGUAGACCGUUGCCAAUGCAGACGUAUUACAUUUUUGAUACAAUCAAGAGUCCGCGAUAUGAGCUAACAUACAUUUUUCAAACUAUUGCUAUGAUCUGUUGCGGUAUGCCUUACAUAGGCGUAGACAAUUUUCUCAGUCUUCUGAUAUUUCAUAUCUCCGGUCAGUUGGAUAUACUGGAAAAUCGUCUUGCAAAUCUGAACAAUAAUACAAAUUAUGUUGUUAUUCUAAAAAACUGUAUAAUGGAUCAUGUUCGUCUACUUAGAGCCAUCAUUAUUAUAGAAAAUAUAUUUAAUAUGAUAUUGUUCGUAUUGUUCAUAUAUUUUGGUAUGGUCUUCGUCAUCCAAGGUGUUUAUAUGAUGAGUCUGCUGGAAGAUGGGUUUCAUCUAUCAGUUUCGCAAGUGAUGUAUAUUAUAACCAUUGUUAGCAAUAUAUUCGGUCAUAUGUGUAUUUAUUGCGCCGUCGGUGAAUUUUUGACAGCGCAGUGUGGUCGAAUUCAUGACGCUGCGUAUUGCAAUAAAUGGUAUACUCUGCAAUUGAAAGAUAUGCGGAAAUUGAUUCUUCUAAUGGCGAAAACGAACAAGCCUCUCUAUCUUACAGCCGGUAAAGUGUUACCGUUGACACUGACCACAUUUUGCAGCUUAUUAAAAACAUCCGCUGGAUACAUCUCCGUUUUGCUUACCGCCAAAAAUUUAUAAACCAACAAACGAAAUGUUUGUUUUAUAUCGUGAAUUGCGGAUGUUGCUUUGCUGAAUCUUCAA